CCCGGCCGUGCGCGGCGUAUUUCCGUGACGCGGCGCCCGAGCCCGUGCUCGCUUCCCGUGCUCUCCUCUCGCCGGGGCCCUUCGGGACGAACCGCCCCUUCUUGGGCGGGGAGAGGGGCAGGUCGCGUGUCAAAGAGAAAAGCCCACGCCUCCGGAGUCGCCCGGGAAAAGCGCUGGAGGCGGCGGUAACGGGUCUGGGGACUCCAGGUCCGCCGUGGGAAUGAUCCACGAACUGCUUCUGGCUCUGAGCGGGUAUCCAGGGUCCAUUUUCACCUGGAAUAAACGGAGUGGCCUCCAGGUAUCACAGGACUUUCCAUUUCUUCACCCCAGUGAAACCAGUGUCCUGAAUCGACUCUGCCGGCUAGGCACAGACUAUAUUCGCUUCACUGAGUUCAUUGAACAGUACACAGGCCAUGUGCAGCAACAGGAUCACCAUCAGUCUCAGCAAGGCCAAGGUGGAUUACAUGGAAUAUACCUAAGGGCCUUCUGCACAGGGCUAGAUUCAGUUUUGCAGCCUUAUCGACAAGCAUUGCUUGAUUUGGAGCAAGAGUUUGUGGCUGAUCCCCAUCUCUCAAUAUCACAUGUCAAUUACUCCUUAGAUCAGUUCCAGCUCCUUUUCCCUUCUGUGAUGGUUGUGGUAGAGCAAAUUAAAAGUCAAAAGAUUCAUGGUUGUCAAAUCCUGGAAACAGUGUACAAACACAGCUGUGGAGGUUUGCCUCCAGUUCGCAGUGCAUUAGAAAAAAUUCUGGCCGUGUGUCAUGGAGUCAUGUAUAAGCAGCUCUCGGCUUGGAUGCUACAUGGACUCCUCUUGGACCAGCAUGAAGAGUUCUUUAUCAAACAGGGUCCAUCUUCUGGGAAUGUCAGUGCCCAGCCAGAAGAGGAUGAAGAGGAUCUGGGCAUUGGGGGACUUACAGGAAAACAAUUAAGAGAACUCCAGGACUUGCGUCUGAUAGAAGAGGAGAACAUGCUGGCUCCAUCUCUAAAGCAAUUUUCUUUGCGAGUAGAGAUUUUACCAUCCUACAUUCCAGUGAGGGUUGCUGAAAAAAUCCUGUUUGUUGGAGAAUCUGUUCAGAUGUUUGAGAAUCAAAAUGUGAACCUGACAAGAAAAGGAUCCAUUCUGAAAAACCAGGAGGACACUUUCGCCACAGAGCUGCAUCGUCUUAAGCAGCAGCCGCUCUUCAGCCUGGUGGACUUUGAGCAGGUGGUUGAUCGUGUCCGAAGUGCUGUGGCCGAGCACCUCUGGAAGCUUAUGGUAGAAGAGUCAGAUUUAUUGGGUCAACUAAAGAUCAUUAAAGAUUUUUAUCUUCUGGGACGAGGAGAACUGUUUCAGGCCUUCAUUGACACAGCCCAACACAUGUUAAAAACACCGCCCACUGCAGUAACUGAACAUGAUGUGAACGUGGCCUUCCAGCAGUCAGCACACAAGGUCCUUCUAGACGACGACAACCUUCUUCCUCUGUUGCAUCUGACAAUCGAGUAUCAUGGCAAGGAACAUAAAGAUGCCUCUCAGUCCAGAGAAGGGCCUUCUAGAGAAACUUCUCCCCGAGAAGCCCCUGCAUCUGGCUGGGCAGCCCUUGGUCUUUCCUACAAAGUGCAGUGGCCACUGCACAUUCUCUUCACUCCUGCUGUCUUAGAAAAAUACAAUGUGGUGUUCAAGUACUUGCUGAGUGUGCGCCGGGUGCAGGCGGAGCUGCAGCACUGCUGGGCCCUGCAGAUGCAGCGCAAGCACCUCAAGUCCAACCAGACUGACGCAGUCAAGUGGCGCCUGAGAAAUCACAUGGCAUUCUUGGUGGACAAUCUUCAGUACUAUCUGCAGGUGGAUGUGCUAGAAUCUCAGUUCUCACAGCUGCUUCAUCAGAUCAAUUCCACCCGAGACUUUGAAAGCAUCCGGUUGGCUCAUGAUCACUUCCUGAGCAAUUUACUGGCUCAAUCCUUCAUCUUAUUGAAACCUGUGUUUCACUGUCUGAAUGAAAUCUUAGAUCUCUGUCACAGCUUUUGCUCACUGGUCAGUCAGAACCUGGGCCCACUGGAUGACCGUGGGGCUGCCCAGCUGAGCAUUCUGGUUAAGGGCUUCAGCCGCCAGUCUUCUCUCCUGUUCAAGAUUCUCUCCAGUGUUCGGAAUCAUCAGAUCAACUCAGAUUUAGCACAGCUACUGUUACGAUUAGAUUAUAACAAAUAUUAUACCCAGGCUGGUGGAACUCUGGGCAGUUUUGGGAUGUGAGAGUGUCUGAUUCAUAAACUGAAGUAACAAUCACACCUUCUCUAGUCUGUAACAGAAGAUACAAAACCAACAUCCCGUUCAUCUAGCCACACACCAAAUGUCUACGGCCUAAUGAGGGAGCAUGACCUUUUCUCAUAGAAAAGGAGCACAUUUACUGAACAGCUGGGGAUACAGCUCCCAUCAUUCCCAUCCGGCAGAGUCUGCUCCACUUCAGGGAGAGUUCUUCACUUGUCUAAGGUUACUGGAGUAAGUUCUGCUUACUGAUACUGACCAUUCAAGAUCUGUUACAUUGAGAACCUCUGUUAACUCUGUUUAUUCAUCCAAGAGUCACAUACUAUACAUCUGUUACAUGCCUCAGUACUAUUUAAGUUGCAGGAAACAAGGCAAUAAACAUCUGAAGUAUUUUGUGGCGCAUGUGAAAAAAAGAACUCUAUUUGUAGAUAGGCCAUCUUCUGCGUGUUACCUCUAAGGAAGCAAGGCACCAGGUAAGAUAAGGCUUUCCCUCAUACCACAGCCUUACCUCCAGAAAAUUGAGAGUCUUAAGAACCUUAAUCCUGUGUAUCUUGAUAAUUUUAAUAAUUUCCUGUUGUUUAAAU